AUGGAAGAUUUGAGUAUACAAAAUGUCAAUCUGGAGGUACUUGAAAACAUGGAGCGCCACAAGACCAAGGGCUUCAUCAGCUCCAGAGCUCUGGUGGUGCGGAGAGGAGCUCCAUUCGCAGUCAGUAUGCAGCUGGGGGGCCGACUCUUCAACCCCAAGGUUGACUCUCUGAGGAUCAAAAUCAUGCUAGGUCGAUUGUAUGCGAUCGUGCCAGUCACCUUCUCCAAAAAGAUUUCUUCCUCCCGUUGGAAAGCCUUUAUGGACCCUAAGGACUUGAACCUCCAGAACCCCACCAUCUACAUCUCCUCUCCUGCCUCUGCCUCGGUGGGUCGCUACAGGUUUCAGCUGUGUGUCUUCAGUCAGGGUGGAAAGAGGAGCUGUGGAUUCGGCAAAUUCACCCUGCUCUGCAACCCCUGGUGUUCUGAGGAUGCAGUAUAUAUUCCAUUUGAGGACCAGAGAGAAGAAUACGUCGAGAGCGACUCUGGGUUGCUGUUUAUGGGGACGGCAAAGAACGUUGUGUCAAGACCGUGGUCCUUUGAUCAGUAUGAGCAUGGUGUUCUAGAAGCGUGUCUGAAUCUGCUCCAAGUCAGCCCUCAGCACCAGAAGAACAGAAGAAGGGACUACCUGAACCGAAGCAACCCUGUCUACAUCGGCCGCGUUGUCUCUGCCAUGAUCAACAGCGAGGACGACCGUGGAGUGCUGAAGGGGAACUGGUCAAAUAACUUCAAAAAGGGUGUCCAUCCCUCUGCAUGGACUGGGAGUGGGGACAUCCUGAAGCAGUGGGCCCAGUCCGGUUACAGCCCAGUCAAGUAUGGACAGUGCUGGGUGUUUGCAGCAGUCAUGUGCACAGUGCUGAGAGUUCUUGGCAUUCCUUGUCGUGUUAUCACCAACUUCAACUCCGCUCAUGACACCAAUGACAACCUGGUGAUUGAAGAGUAUUACAGUGAAACGGGGCAAAAGAUGAAACGCAGCAACGACAGCAUCUGGAACUUCCAUGUCUGGGUGGAGGGCUGGAUGGCUCGCCAGGAUCUGGGAACCGAAAUGAAUGGCUGGCAGGUUCUUGAUCCGACUCCCCAGGAGAGGAGUGGAGGAGUGUUCUGCUGUGGCCCAGCUCCGGUCAAAGCAAUCAAGAACCGGCUCAUCGAACUGCGUUAUGACGUCCCGUUUGUCUACGCUGAGGUGAACGCAGACGUCCACACCAUCAUCCUGAGCCAGGGGAAGGUCCUCAGCAUGAGCAAAGACACAGAGAGGGUCGGAUCCCUCAUCUGCACCAAAGCUGUCGGCUUCCCCAGAAUGCAGAACGUCACAUCAGACUACAAGUUCAUCAAAAGUCCAACUUCAACACUUUCAUCAAGAAGUUCAUCAACGAUUUCAGAUGAGUCAACAUUACGAAGAGGAAUCUCAUCCAAAGGGGUGCUUGUCUUCCUGAACCUGGAUAAAACUCCAGUUGCCGGGGAGCCUGUCCGCUUCACGGUGCAGGUUGUGAACAAGGACAGCGUUACCAAGACGAUAAAGGUGCAUGUGAACGCCCAGGCUAAGGAAUACAACAACAGCCCAUCAGACACCUUCUGGGAGAACCACGGUGUCGUACAACUGGCCCCCAUGGAAGUCAAGACGCUGCAGCAGGAGAUCUCUCCAGCCCAGUACGAGGAUGUGGUGGGAGACGACAUGAUCAACCUUGCGGUGGUCGUCGAGGACAUGAACAGUGAGGAGAGGGUCCUGGCCUCGGAGGAGUUCAACAUUGCUAGCCCUGAGCUCAUCAUAGAGGUUGCAGAUGAACACUCCAUUGCACUCAACAAAGAGCAUGUAGCCAUGGUGACCUUCACCAACCCCUUCUCUCACCCAGUGACUGGAGUGCUGACAGUAGCUGGGGCCGGACUGAUCCAGGGCAAGCUUCAGUUCAGAAUGAGCCCACUGCCUCCAGGAGGAAGAGUCCAGCAGCACAUCACCUUCAUCCCCGGCAUGGUGGGAAUGAAGAUGCUUCAGGCCAGCCUGUCAUUCACAAAUAUCAGAAGCACCAUCAGAGGCUUCAAGAUGCUCUCUGUCCGCAGUGUUUAGCUUCUAUAGCUAUUGCUUAUCUAUUUCCAUUCAUGAUGUAUAUGUGACUGUACAUUCUAUUUAUUUAUUUUGCUAUUUAUUUAUGAGUUUAAUUCAGGAAAUUAAACAUUGCUACCUCCGCUGACACAUGGAAUUGUAAAGCUUUUUUAAUGAACUGUUGUGCUGUUUGGGUAUCUUGAAAAAUAAAUUGAUAAAAAAGU